AUGGUUGAUCUAGACCAGCAGCAGCAGCCUCCUGCCGGGGCGAAUGCCGGCUACAACUCAGCCGUUCUGCACCGCCAGCUGCACCAUAGCUUCCCCUGUGUUGUGCAGGGAUCCGGCAGCCGGCUCGUGCUAGACGACGGCCGGUCCAUCCUCGACGCAUCGGGCGGCGCGGCCGUCGCCUGCAUCGGCCACGGGGACCGCCGCGUGGUCGAGGCGGCCAUGGCGCAGAUGUCGCAGAUCGCCUACUGUGCCACCACCUUUUAUACAACCGCCGCGUGUGAGCAGCUGUGCCGCUUCCUGGUCGACUCAACCGACGGCCACAUGGCGCGCGCAUACAUUGUCAGCUCCGGGUCCGAGGCCAUGGAGGCGGCCAUGAAGCUGGCGCGACAGUACUUUCUCGAGAAACAGAAACCCGAGCCCGACCGCUUCCGUUUCAUCGCCCGCCACCAGUCGUAUCACGGCAUCACGCUCGGUUCGCUCUCCGUGGGCGGCCAUCCGUUCCGGCGCAGGAAGUUUGAGCCGCUGCUGCUGCCGGGCGUCUCGCACGUGCUGCCCUGCUUCGCGUACCGUGGCAAGCUGGGAGCGGCCAGCCAGGACGAGGAGUCGGACGAGGCUUACGUCGCCCGGCUGGCGGCCGAACUCGACGCCGAGUUCCAGCGGGUCGGUCCCCACACCGUCUGCGCUUUUGUAGCCGAGCCGGUCGUCGGCGCUGCUCUCGGUGCCGUCCCAGCUGUGCCCGGGUAUUUCAAGGCUGUCCGGGAUGUGUGCCACAAGUACGGCGCGCUGCUCAUCUUGGACGAGGUGAUGUGUGGCAUGGGCCGCACGGGCACGUUGCAUGCCUGGCAGCAGGAAGACGUGGUGCCUGACAUCCAGACGAUGGGCAAGUGCCUGGGGGGAGGGUAUCAGCCCAUUGCAGCCGUUCUCGCCAGCCACGAGGUCACCGAUGCCUUCAGCCGAGGCACAGGAUCGUUUGUCCAUGGGCACACAUAUCAGGGACACCCUGUUGCCUGUGCAGCCGCCCUGGCCGUCCAGAAGAUUGUCGCCGAGGAGGAUCUGCUCGCCAACGUGCGCGAUUUGGGAGCUGUCCUGGGAAGGCUGCUGGUGCAGCGACUCGGCAGCCAUGCGAACGUGGGAAACAUUCGCGGCCGAGGCUUCUUCUGGGGCAUUGAGUUCGUGCAGGACAAGGCCACAGCCCGCCCGUUUCCAGCAGAGAGCCAGGUGGCCAUGAAGAUAGCCGAGCUAGGCCUCAGCGCACAGCACGGUAUCGCGGUCUACCCGGGAUCGGGCACAGCGGAUGGCGUCUCGGGAGACCACAUCAUUCUCGCGCCGCCAUAUAAUGUGACCCGUGCAGAAGUCGAUGAGAUCGGUGACAAACCGAUCGCACGAAUGGCUGUCGGACUGACGGCAAGCGGCACCAGCGCCAGCCUGAGCCGCCAUGCAGCCGAAGAGGAAGCGCGUGCCGAAGUCGACGUGCUCAACUCGCGGCUGGAGAGGACAUCGCAGCUGACGAGAAAGAUUGAGACGUGUCUGAACCGGCUGGAUGCGACGGGCAAGCGAGUGCACGAAGUUGCAGGGCCGCUUAACGGCGAGACCAAGCGGCUGCAGGUUCUAGGACACAACAUCGACAACGUGAUCGCAGCGAUUGCGCGGGUGCGUCAGCCGGCCGACAGCAAGAACGACGAGGAGCAGAUCAUUCGGACAGGACCAGAAAAUGCCGGACUGCCAGCGUACCUGUCGUCGAUCCAGCGGCUAGAGCGGUCGCUCGGUGACAUGAAAGCAUCAAACAUCCGGUCGACACAGCAGACGAUUGGCGAGCUACAGCGACUGAUCCGGUCAGCCAACUCGCAGCUGGAGCUGUACUUUGACAAGCUGCUGCGAGCCGAGACGCCACGCGAGAUCGAGCCGCUAUUUUACGUGACGAAGAACAAGCCGUUCCCGGUGCUCUCACAGGACCUGACAGCUCGGCUGGGACUGAUCAACGCACACGUGGCGGCAGCAUACCGACAAUCCAGCGGGACAACAGGAACAGCAGCAUCAGGCGGCGGCGCUGGACCGGAGUCGCCGGUAGCCAAGAUCUACGCAGAGGUGCGCGGGCCGUACCUGGCGGGCACGCUCAAGAACCUGGCGUCAGCCAGCAUCAACACGGCCAAGAAGAAGAACGCGGACGCGAUGUACCGGCCAGGGACGAAUGGGAUCAGCACGUACACGCAGGCGAUGGAGGGCAUGUUCCUGUCCGAGUACGACAGCAUCUGCAGCGUGUUCACGCGCGAGGACUGGGGCCCAGUGUUCCAGGCGGCGUGCCAGCCCGCGCUGACAGAGCUGGCUCGCACGCUGCGCGAACUGAACGGCCACAUCAAGGCGCACCCGCAGACGGACUGCUACCUGGCCUAUGAGAUUGUGGAGAUCGUGUCGAGCCUGUCAGGGCAGCUAGAGACGCGCACGGGCGAGCUGAAGGCGUCGUUGGCGGCAGCGCUGAAGCCGGUGCGCGAGACGGCCAAGGGAUCGCUGGCCGAGCUUCUGGACGACGUGCGACGGCGAGCGGGCUCGAUGCAGGCCCUGCCGCCCGACGGGGGCGUGCUGCCGGUCGUGUCCGAGACCAUGCAGCGGCUGCAGGUGAUGACCGAGUUCCUGCGGCCGCUGUCGAGCAUCAUGAUCUCGCUGGGUGACGGUGGCUGGCGAUACGGCGGCCUCGGCUCGACGACCACCCUGGCCUCCCUGGCGUCGUUUGACGUCAACGCGGACGGCCGCGACAUCUUUGCACACUACUGCGCCGACACGGUGGACGCGCUGCUGUCGGCGCUGGACGCGCGGGCGCGGGUGCUGCAGGGCCGCAAGCCGGUGGUGGGCGUGUUCCUGGCCAACAGCAUCAGCGUGGUCGAGCGGAUGGUGCGCGAGUCAGAGCUGGCCGCCGUGCUGCAGCCGCGGCUGGCCGGCGUCGUGGACCCGUGGCGCAAGAAGGCCGCGACCGUGUAUCUGGACGCGUGCAAGGACGUGUCGAUGCACCUGUUUGACGUCAUCCACACGAACCGCAGCGGUGGCAGCGGUGGUGGCGGCGGUGGUGGUGGCGGCGGCGGCAGCAGCGGCUCCGGACGGCCGCAGUCCGGUCAAGGCUUCGUCGACUCGGCAUCCGUGCUCAAGGGCCUCUCGUCCAAGGAUCGCGAGAGCAUCAAGGGCAAGUUCACCGCGUUCAACGCCUCCUUUGACGAGCUGCUGGCACGCCACCGCCAGUUCACCAUGGAACGCGAGGUGCGCCAGGCCUUUGCCCGCAACAUCCAGCAGAUGCUGGAGCCGCUUUACAACCGCUUCUACGACCGGUACCACGACGUCGACAAGGGCCGCGGCAAGUACGUCAAGUACGACAAGGUCGCCAUCUCGGCCGUCUUCACGAGCCUGUACCAGGGGUAA